AUGGGAAGCCAAGGGCAGUUUCCACUAACUCAGAAUGUCACGGUUGUUGAAGGUGGAACUGCAAUUUUGACCUGCAGAGUUGAUCAAAAUGAUAACACCUCCCUCCAGUGGUCAAAUCCAGCUCAACAGACUCUGUACUUCGAUGACAAGAAAGCUUUAAGGGACAAUCGGAUCGAGCUGGUUCGCGCUUCUUGGCAUGAGUUGAGCAUCAGUGUCAGUGAUGUGUCUCUCUCGGAUGAAGGACAGUACACCUGCUCCUUAUUUACAAUGCCUGUCAAAACUUCCAAGGCCUAUCUCACUGUCCUGGGUGUUCCAGAGAAGCCUCAGAUUAGUGGAUUUUCAUCACCAGUCAUGGAGGGAGACCUGAUGCAACUGACUUGUAAGACAUCUGGCAGUAAGCCUGCGGCUGAUAUAAGAUGGUUCAAAAAUGACAAAGAAAUCAAAGAUGUGAAGUACUUGAAAGAGGAGGAUGCUAACCGAAAGACCUUCACUGUUAGCAGCACGCUGGAUUUCCGAGUGGACCGCAGUGACGAUGGAGUAGCGGUUAUCUGCAGAGUAGACCACGAGUCCCUCAAUGCCACACCUCAGGUAGCCAUGCAGGUGCUAGAAAUACACUAUACACCAUCAGUUAAGAUUAUACCAUCAACUCCUUUUCCACAAGAAGGACAAGCUUUAACUUUGACCUGUGAAUCUAAAGGAAAACCACUUCCAGAACCUGUUUUGUGGACGAAGGAUGGUGCAGAAUUACCUGAUCCUGAUCGAAUGGUUGUGAGUGGUAGGGAACUCAACAUUCUCUUCCUGAACAAAACGGACAAUGGCACUUAUCGUUGCGAAGCCACUAACACCAUUGGCCAAAGCAGUGCCGAGUAUGUCCUCAUUGUACAUGAUCCCAAUUCUCUUGCUGGCCAGAAUGGCCCUGAUCAUGCUCUCAUAGGAGGAAUCGUGGCUGUUGUUGUAUUUGUUACUCUGUGCUCCAUAUUCCUGCUUGGCCGAUAUCUGGCAAGACAUAAAGGAACAUAUCUAACAAAUGAAGCUAAAGGAGCUGAAGAUGCACCAGAUGCCGACACAGCCAUUAUCAAUGCUGAAGGCAGCCAAGUCAAUGCUGAAGAGAAAAAAGAGUAUUUCAUUUAA